UCGAACACCUUGGCUGCAAUGAGCGCAUAUUAUAUAUAAACAACUUAAUCAAGCAUUUAACACGACAAAACUUUGAUUGCGUUGACACCUCUAACCGUCCAAUCAGUCCUUGUGGUGGAGUGAAUGACUCCCCUUAAUCUAUUCGCAGCUGCUCUGUCCAUGAUCCACUCCAGUCCGGAUUUGGCAAGGAAAGGAACAGCUGCUGUAACGUUUUAGCAAUUUCAGGAGAGAAGACACAGACAGUAGUCGAACAUGAGUGGUGGACAGGAGUCCCAGCAGCAUUGGAGACUGCGAGAGCAGCAGCCGUAGUGGAUCAUGGCCGAGGACUAUUGGGAGCGCGCGGCGGCUUUGGGAUAUUAUUACUGCUGUUAAGAUUACACGAGCAACACACACUUAUUCACUCACACACGGGAUUUCAAGUCCACCGACACCUUCCAGAUUACUUUUCAGCCACCAGAGAGAAAUGACAGCAACAUAAACACAUUUGUGUUCAGAGGCUGGUUGAUGCAGUGCUGUCUGGACCUGGUGUUCCAGAAUCAGUCUCCAUGAAGGUCACCCCUGUGAGUGUGUCACCUUGUGUUUGGAUGCAUUGGAGUCUGGUUGGAGAAGGAUGCUGGGGCCUGCGGCCAGCACGGACCAGUGCUUUGUUUGACCAUCUCACACAGUCUGGUUCCUUCAACUGGAGACGUAUAACUUCAACAAGUGGGAAAUUAAAGAUGAUGUUUUACAGGAAACAGGCUGCCUUCUACCGCUUGGCUAGACAGGGCAGUUGAACAGUGGCAGCCCCUCCACCACCCUCAUCUCUGCCCCCCCUUCCCCCAUUGAUGGACCGCAUGAGGAAAAUCAAACGGCAGCUGUCCCUAACACUGCGGGGGGGUAACAGCGGGGACAAGACCAUGAGCGAGACCAUCAGCUCUCAGGACACAGGAGCGCACAGCGAUUCCGAGGCCAUGCCAGUUGGGGGCAGUGGUGGUCUGCGGGGUUCAGUGAGAGGUUCGGGGGGUUCCUUCAGCAUGCACUCCCUCCUGCAGUCCUACAGCAGUGCUCUGCGCAGACCACGCAGCCUGGGCCGCAGUCUCAGCUCCUAUCUCAACCACACCACACGCCUCGAGAUUGUCCAUGAAGACGUUAAGAUGGGUUCCGACGGAGAAAGUGAUCAGGCUUCGGCCACGUCUUCUGAUGAGGUGCACAGCCCCGUCCGAGUUCGUCUGAGAAACAACCCCGGCCGCAAAAUUUCCACAGAGGACAUAAAUAAGCGUCUGUCUCUGCCAGCUGAUAUAAGACUUCCUGAUGGCUACCUGGAGAAAUUCAGCCUCAACAGUCCACUGUUUGACAAACCGCUCAGCCGAAGAUUACGCCGAGUAUCGCUGUCUGAGAUUGGAUUUGGGAAGCUGGAGACUUAUGUGAAACUGGAUAAACUGGGGGAGGGCACCUACGCUACAGUAUAUAAGGGCCGCAGUAAGUUGACCGAUAACUUGGUGGCCCUGAAGGAGAUCCGUUUAGAGCAUGAAGAAGGAGCCCCAUGCACUGCCAUUAGAGAAGUGUCUCUGUUAAAGGACCUGAAACAUGCCAACAUUGUGACUCUUCAUGACAUCAUCCACACUCAGAAGUCUCUUACUCUUGUGUUUGAGUACCUGGAUAAAGACCUGAAACAGUACCUAGAUGACUGUGGGAACUGCAUUCAUAUGCACAAUGUCAGGCUCUUCCUGUUUCAGCUGUUGCGAGGUCUGAACUACUGUCACAGACGCAAAGUCCUUCACAGAGACCUCAAGCCUCAAAAUCUCCUGAUCAACGAUCGCGGGGAGCUGAAACUGGCUGACUUUGGUCUGGCACGUGCAAAGUCGAUUCCCACCAAGACCUACUCCAAUGAGGUAGUGACACUUUGGUACCGCCCCCCUGACAUCUUAUUGGGCAGCACAGACUAUUCCACUCAGAUUGACAUGUGGGGCGUUGGCUGUAUCUUCUACGAGAUGUCGACAGGCCGGCCCUUGUUCCCGGGCUCCACGGUGGAGGAGGAGCUGCACUUUAUCUUCAAACUGCUCGGUACGCCCACAGAGGAGACCUGGCCCGGAAUAACCUCCAACGAAGAAUUCAUCUCCUAUAACUACCCCCGUUACCGCGCCGACUGUCUCCAUAACCACACCCCACGAUUGGACAAUGAUGGAGUCGAACUUCUGUCUAAACUGCUGCAGUUUGAGGGGAAAAAACGCAUCGCAGCAGAGGAAGCCAUGAAAAACCCAUACUUCCACUGCCUGGGCGAGAGAAUUCUCACACUGCCUGACACUACAUCAAUAUUUGCACUUCAAGAGAUUCAGCUGGAGAAGGAGCCAGGAAUGAGGACGAGCUCGCUGUCAGAAUCAGUCAACAGCAUAUCUCAACGACAGAGCCUGCUCUUCUGAGGGCGUAUUGCGUGGCUUGGGACGGGCAGAUGGAAGAUAUACGGCAGGACGCAUUGAGACAUUUCCUGUUGUGAAGAUGAAGGGAUAUCUGUUUUUCAUUUCUGUGACUGAGUCAUUGCUAGUCCUGUGGCAUUAUGUGUGUAGAAGGGGUCACUGUAGCUGUUUACAUGGAGAUGCAGAGGACGAUGUCAUCAUGUUUGUUUGAUUUGUGGACUUGAUUUCUGUUUCAAAUGAUGAUGCACACCCCUUUCCCAUGUUCUUCCUGUUCACAGUACCUUCUCAACACUGUUGUGUCAAUCAAACCACUGUAAUCAACAAAUCAGACAUAUAAUGUUAUUGGAUAUCAGAUGACCUGCUUGGGUUUCAAGUGCACAAGGUCUGCAUCCGUUCCCUAAAACAAAUGGUUUUUUUUGCAAUACUUUUCAACUGUAAUCUAUGUAGAAGGCCAUUUUAUGAAGGAAUAUGUCACUUAGAGUAUGAAUACUGUUAAAAUCAGUCAACAACAAGCCAAGUCAAUGAAGGUGAUCAAUCCAGUCUUCCAGAAUAAUAGUCCACUUCUUUAGUAUAAUCAGCCCUCCUGUCCAAAGACUAAUUUUUAGUACUAUGCCAACAUAGUGAUUCUGUGAUCAUCAACAAUAAUCUGUUAUUUGUAUUCAUCAGAACAUUGAAGUUAAGCUGUAUGUCAGUCUUGCUUCAGUGGACCAUGUUCCUAUUGUUUUAUUUUUUGUUUCUGUUUGCAAAAUCAUUUCACCUUCAGUUGUUUACAUUAUUAUUGUUAUUAUUUUUGCAAUGCAAUACAUUUUUAUAAUCUAGAAAAUGGUUUUACCAAAGACCCCACAGCUCCUCUUUCUCUCCCACUUGCUUUGACCUGGAUUGAGCUUCCAAUUAUCAUCAUGUUCAAGUUGAACCCUCUUAUAACCCACUGAAGAUUCAUCAGCUACACUGUGUCAAGGACAAACAUUGGCAAGGAUUUUCUGCGUAAAGCAAGAAAGCCUCCUCUAUUUUCAUUUUCUGACUUGGAUACCGAGUUUAUGCCGUAUUGAUAAUUUCUCCAUUACUGCGGCACUCUAGCCGAAUUCUAUGGUGGUUCUGUCAGUGAACUCAUAAUGGGAUGCCCGGGCGUGAGUGGAGAACGGGUUGCCUCAGGUUUCUGUCACUCUGCAGAAUAGCUGAGUGCGGCGGAUAAUGUUUCACAUUUCACCCCAGUUGUUCAUUCUCCGCAGGUUUUGGAUUGCAUUGGUGUCGCGUAACACUCUGCAAAUCCAUCUCUGGCAUGUACACACCAAUGCCUCUGUGCACAAUGCCUAUCGUCUACAGUACCACAAAUGUGAUUAUUGGGUGAAUCUCUCAAAAAACAUGUCUGGGUUCCAUUUCAGCCCAAAAUAAGAAAUUAUAUUUUGCUUAAAGAAGGUUAUGUCUGUUUUUAGGACCAUUUAGGACCUUAUUUUCAUAACAACUAAGCAAAUGGGACAUUUUAGUUUGUGUAUUUUUAGAAAAUACAAUGUUUAAUUUGUAUACUUCAAUUUAAAGUAUAUAUACGUAUGAUAGUAUUAGUUGUUCUCCCUUUAAUAUAUGCUGAGGAAAAUACAGUCAUAAAUGCUAUAUUACAUAAAGAAUUUAAAGUAAUAGACAAUAAUUUUGAAAAGAAAAUCCAAAUUCAUUGGAGAAAUUAGAUUUCUUAGAAUUUGCGUAAUUUAUCAUACAAAUAAUGUAACAAUGAAAAUUGUAAUAUUUAAAAAAUCGUAAUGGUUCUAAAAUAGGAUUAAUUUUCUUUAUGCAAAAUGUAAUUGUUUUUCCUUUGAUUUUGAGAUAAAAUAUGACCGAUUUUAUGACAUGAUUUCUUGAGAUUCACCCUGUUAGAGCUGAAGGCCAAGGCGAUUGCAACUUGUUCAGUUUCCAUCAGUGUCAUUGAGCGGAUGAUAUUUUUAGUAAAUAUUCAGGUUUUUAUUAUUAAUGUUAUUUCAAGCAAUCUCACAAAAACAUGUGUGGGCCAUAUUUCACCCCAAAAUCAAACAUUUUAUUUUGCUUAAAGAAAAUUAUGCCAGUUUUCAGGACCAUUUGUAUUUUUUGUAUUGUUAUAUUCAUUUUCAUGACAAUUAAGCACAUAUUUCUAAAUUGUAAUUAUGGUGAUUCAAAAAAUGUAUUGUGAUAUGAAAAAACAUUUGCAAUGUAUGAUCAUUUGUAUUUUAAUAUGUAUUACAUUUAAAUAUAUUUAGUAUAUUUAAACCAAUUACUGUUUAAAUGAAAGAGAACUAAAAGUAUGCCUAAGAUAUUGAGAAGAUUGGAUGGAAAUGUAUUUAGUUGUCAUGAAAAUAAUGCCCUUAAAAAAAAAAUAAUAAAAAGGAUUCAUUUUCCUUAUGCAAAAUAUAAUUUCUUUUUUUCUUGGAUUUUUGGGUGAAAAAUGGCGUGUUUUCAUUUCACUGUAUUAGAUUUAAAAACCAAUGUGAUUAUGACCUGUUCUCAAUUUCCAUCAGUUUCACUGAAUGGAUAUUUUUAGUAAAUAUUUUUUUUGUUUUUGAGGCAAUCACAAAACUUUGGUCUUCUGGUGAUAUAUUGUGAUUUUCCUUCCUCCCUGCUUGAGUAUACCUGUGUGUGUAUGAGACAGAUGCUCUCACUGAGAGAAAUGCAGACUUGCAUGGCAGUGUUUUAUAGUUUAAGACUGUGAUACAUUGUAAAUAGCCUUAGAAUUAUUAUUUUUUUGCAAAUCAAAAGAGUGGAGAGUGCAAUGAAAGAUCCUCCUAACAAGGUAUAAUUUUUAAAAGAAUAUCAUUUUUGUUGUACUAGUUUUUGAUUACAUUGUAUUGUGUUCUAAUUUUCUAUGAGAUGUAGUAACCAAAAGCUGUUACUACCAUAGGAGACAUAUGUGGUGUAGAUAUUUGGUUUUGAUGUUUGUUAGUUCAUAAGAAUGAAUAUGGCUCAUCUAAUUUAAAGCUUUCAUCUGGAAUGUGGAUAGACUGUAGUGAAAGGGCUUUAACGGCUGUAUGUGGUUGUAAGGUAGCCGGCUGUUCAUUACUGCGCAAUAAUUGCAAAUAUACGCAAUAACUUUUUUGUUUGUUUGUUUGUUUUUUUUUUUUUUUUUUUUUUUACACCUAUCCCAGUUUCAGAUAGCUUUGAAACUAUAUAUAUAUAUAUAUAUAUAUAUAUAUAUAUAUAUAUAUAUAUAUAUAUAUAUAAUCAAAUAUCACCAGAAAUUGUCCAGCAAAAACACAUGGCUGUAUUAUUGCCCAUUUUAUGUGGAAUCUAAUAAGUGAGGUUUUGAUAUGAUUGUGGGUGAAAUGCUUUUAUAAAUAGAGACAUUCUGAGCCAAUAUAGAUGUCAUACAUUUUUCAGUAUGGGUAAACAAUUUUGGUGUUUCUUUUGUAGAAUCCAAAUGUUUGGAACGGGCAUUUAAAUGCUAAAAGAAACUUGAUAAUUUAUCAGUACAGUAUUAUUAUCUUUUCAUAUUUUAUUUUGCAAUUGUACACAACAAAAGCCCAAGGUUUCUGGGUUUACAGCUGUUUAACUGGUGUUUUCAGGUUGGGAUUUUUCCAUAUGUAAAGGCAAGAGAAAGAUGCAUUUAGAUGUUAUACAGUACAAAUAUCUUAAAAGCAGUAAACACAUUAAGCAAUACUCAAUGUAAAUGCAUAUUUCUUUUCUCAUGGAUCUUUAAUGCAUGAAAUCCUCUCAGAUGGCCAUAGUAUAUUUUCUGAUUGACAAUAAGUUGAAAUAAUUAUGCAUAUAUGAAUGCUCACUCCUAUAUAAGCUUUGGGGUGUUAACCCAAAUAAUAAUUGUAUAUGUUUUGAUGCAAUGAUGGAAAUCUCUUUUCCUGUCUUUUAUAUAUAUAUAUAAAUAUAUAUCUUAAGAUUUACACAUUUCAAUUUCACAAAAUUCCAUCAAAUAGAAUGUGUUAACAAAAUUUUAAUUAUUCAUUAUAUUUUUUAUUAAAGAUUACUCAAUUCAAUUUGAUGGAAUUUUGUUAUGAAAUUGAAAUGCGUAAAUCUUAAUUGGUUUUAUUUUGAGUGUUCACCAAAGGAUAUGUGGUUCAGGAAUAUGUGGGGUUUAGUGUGUUGAAAUGGAAAAUCUCUACCAGUAAUUUCAAAGGACUAGACAAUGCAGAAAAAUGGCUGACUGUUAAUUCCCGUGCGAUGGGGAAAAAGGUGCCUGAGGUUGUUCCUGGCCAGGCUAGUCAGCCUUACAGGCUCUGUAUGGUUAGGAUUAGGGAUGAGGGCUGGGUUAGGGCAUCUGCUGCCUGCCAGGAACAAAGCCAGGCACCUUUGUACAAUAAGUAUUAACUCUUGAUGCAUGCAUUAUUGCUGAACUCAUUUACAACAAACUUGUUAUAUCUCUGUCAAUUAUAAACCAGGAAGUUGACUCAGAAUACUGGCACAAACAAGCUGUAAAAUAGUCAGAUUGAAAACAAAUGUGAAUAAUAUUUCCAGGCAGUAUAUUUAUUGUCCCAAACUUAAGUUAUUAUUAUUAUUAAUCUACCUUUUUAUUAUUAAUCUGUUUCAAAACAUAAGGAAAACAUGUAUUUAAAUGUAAUAAGUAUAUUCAGUUUACAUGUACAAUGCAUAAUUAAAACAAUUCCCAGUUUUUAUAUGAAUCUACAAAUCCACCAUUUUGUCACCAUAACCACCUGAUAUUGACUAAUGGAGGACCAAAGACCAAAAAUAAAUAAGUAAAUAAAAUAUAUUUGCAAAUAAUUGUAAAAUUCAAGUCUAUCACAAAUUAGUAUACAAUUAGUAUUUAUUGGUCUUUAUAAAUAGUAUUUAUAUUAUUUGCAAAGACACACCCCCUCUUUACCAUACAAAGAAAUAUAGAAAAUAAAUUUGUAUUUGUUCCAGUCUUUAUAAAAACUAAAGUAAGUGUAAAGACACACCCUUUCAUUGCCAUCUGAACAAAUAAAUGUAAAAAUAAAUACAUUUUCAAAUAUAACAAAAAUAUGUAUUUCUACAUUUUGCAUUUAUUAGUUUUUAUAAAUACUAUAGUAUGUAUUGUAUGUGUAAAGACAUGCCCCCUCAUUACCAUACAGACAAAAAAAUAGAUAAAUGCAUGUGAAAAUAAAUAAAUACAAUAAUACAUUAUUUAGGAAAUAAAAGUAUAAAUACUAAUUUAUGCAUUUAAAAAUGUGUUCUCAUUUGAAAAUGUAUUUAUUUUAUUUUUUUACAUUUCUUUGCAAAUAUAUUUAUAUUUAAUUUAGGCAGCUUUGGUCCAAUAUAUUGAUGGAAGUAAAUAACAAAAAUUUAAAUAAAGGUUUUUUAUGGUAAAACGAUCCAAAAAUCUUGACAUGCGAACUAGAAAACUUCAACUUAAGUGAAAAUCACUUGAAGUUUAAUUCAUUCAUACUCUACUUUAAAGAUGGCCAGUGUUAUUUAUUCAGGCACUUGUUUGUGAGUAGGCAACCUCUGCAAGGUUUAUGUGCAAAUCAAAGAGGUAUAACAACAUGUUUUUGGAGAGACUAAGAAAUGUUCAAAUUCAAUACAAAAAUAUUACUGUUUUGAUAAGAUUUUGCUAGUAGUUUGAAAAAUGUUUUUGAAAACUCGAAUAACCAAUUUCCAAAAUUGACACCAAUAAAACAUGACCCAUUAAUUAUAACACCUUUUCAAAAUUGACAUAUUGAGUAAUUUAAGUUUAAGAGAGUGUUUAUACUUUAAACAGUAUAAUUCUAAAGGAAAUCAGACAUUUAAUCUCAGCUCACAGUGACCAGAACAGUUGGAGAAAAUGACAUAGAAGAACUGAAAGGUUUUAUUUCAUAAUGUUAUUUAAAUACCACAAUGUCCCUCCAUUACAUUGACAUUAUUUUGUGGCAUUUCUAGCAGCUAUAGAUUUAAAAUGAGGCUUCAAACUUGAUGAUCUGUGUUUAUUGAUAUAAAUCAAUGCAGUUCUACAUAAGUUCAUUGAUUUCUAAAAUAGUAAAUAUGCGCCUCAACGUGUUUUACACAGCAGCGUGGUUUGUUGACUGCUUUUCAGCUUUUGCUAUUGGUCAGUGCCAAAGUUAUCUGAAGCCUUGCAUGGGUUGGUUUAAUUUUUCCAAGGAACGUUAUAAUGCUGACACCUUGCUUUGUGUUUCUUAUACUGAGCCAGUUUUACUGCAGAUAAUUACUAUGAAUUACUGUUAUAAUAAAAAAUUAAAAAAAAAACACUUAUAAUCACAUCUUCAAAACUGUUUAAUAAUAAUACUGUUCAUUUGUUGUAUCAAAGACAUACAAUAAUUCAAUAAAGGUAUGUACAUUUUCUGAAUA